UUAGCAUGUGAAACAUGUUGUUCUCGAAUGUUUUUUAAUUAAAGUUUAGGUAUAGGGUUAAUUAAAAUAAUGAUUGGUUGUUGAAAAUAAAAGCUGAAAAUGGGUUCGAAUAAGUUUGUCGAUAAAAACUCUACUUUUAAAGUGGACGGCAAAAAGUAUAGUAAAGUCGUCGAGAUAAUACAGGACAAGUGGAAGCUCGUCCCUGCUUUUCUGAAGGGCAAAGGAUUGGUGAAGCAGCACAUUGAUUCCUUCAAUUACUUUAUAAACGUGGAAAUAAAAAAAAUCAUCAAAGCCAACGAAAAGAUAUUCAGUGAUGUCGAUCCUAUGUUUUAUCUCAAAUAUCUCAACAUUUCGAUCGGUACACCUGACGUCGAAGAAGGAUUUAGCGUGUCACGUUCUACAACUCCUCACGAAUGUCGAUUGAGAGAUUUAAACUAUUCUGCUCCCAUCACGGUUGAUAUUGAGUAUAUGAGGGGAAAUCAACCAAUCAUCAGGAAUAAUCUACUGAUUGGCAGGAUGCCAAUAAUGUUGAGGAGCUCAAACUGUGUACUGUUGGACAAAUCAAACUUUCAGUUGGCUAAAAUGAAUGAAUGUCCACACGAUCCUGGUGGCUAUUUUAUCAUUAAUGGCCAAGAAAAAGUUAUUUUGAUACAGGAACAGAUGCUUAGAAACAGAAUCAUAUUAGAAGCUGAUAACAAAAAAAAUAUUAUAGCAUCAUGUAACAGUGCAACCCAAGAAAGAAAAACAAAAACCAACAUUAUUGGCAAAGGAGGCAAAUACUACUUGCGGCACAACAUUUUUCAAGAUGAUAUACCAGUUAUUGUGAUAUUCAAAGCCAUGGGUAUUAUAUGUGAUCAAGAAAUUGUACAACUUAUAGGCACAGAAGAAGAGUUUAUGAAGAAAAUCAGUGGUAGCCUUGAGGAAUGUCACAAUCUAAAUAUACAUGCUCAAAAUCAAGCACUAAAGUAUUUAGGUAACAAAAGAAAAAUCAAACGGUUUACAACUGUGAAAAACAGUAUUACGGACGAGAUGAAAGAUGUUUUGGCUUCCAGCAUUUUAAAUCAUGUUCCUAUCAUAGACUUUAACUUUAAAUUGAAAGCAACGUUUCUUGCUCUGAUGAUAAGAAAAAUCAUGACAGCACAAAUUCACGGUAAUCUGAUUGAUGAUCGGGAUUAUUAUGGUAAUAAAAGAUUAGAAUUAGCUGGAUCCUUGUUAUCAUUGAUGUUUGAAGAUUUGUUUAAAAGAUUCAACAUGGAAUUGAAAGCAAUAGCUGACAAAAAUAUUCCAAAAAUUAAAGCUGCUCAAUUCGAUAUUGUUAAGCAUAUGAGACAUGAUUUGAUAACAAAUGGAUUGGCCUGUGCAAUAUCUUCAGGAAAUUGGACCAUUAAAAGAUUUAAAAUGGAUCGACAUGGCGUAACUCAAGUGUUGUCUCGAUUAUCCUAUAUUUCAGCUUUGGGAAUGAUGACAAGAGUAAAUUCGCAGUUUGAGAAAACGAGAAAAGUUUCAGGUCCGCGUUCUCUACAGCCGUCUCAAUGGGGUAUGCUGUGCCCUAGUGAUACUCCCGAAGGAGAGGGAUGUGGUUUAGUGAAAAACUUGGCCUUAAUGACUCACAUAACAACUGAGAUGGAUGAAGGACCAAUCGUGAGAUUAGCUUAUAAUCUUGGUGUGGAGAAUGUAAAUACUUUAGGUGGCGAAGAAAUAAAUAAUAAAGAUGUUUAUAUGGUAUUUUUAAAUGGUAACAUAUUAGGUAUUGUAAAAAAUUACUACAGACUUGUAACGGCUUUUCGAAUGCUGAGGAGAAAAGGUCUCGUCAAUCAAUUUGUAUCAAUAUAUCCUCAGUAUCAGCACAGAUAUGUACAGAUAAGCUCUGAUGGUGGAAGAUUAUGCAGGCCAUACAUUAUUGUCGAAUGCUGUCAGCCAUUGGUCAAAGCAGAGCACAUAAAGUUAUUAGAACAAGGAGUCAGGAGUUUUGAAGAUUUUCUACAUGAAGGUUUAGUCGAGUAUUUAGAUGUAAACGAAGAAAAUGACAGUUAUAUUGCUUUUGAUGAAUCUCACAUAAAGGAAGGCAUUACUCAUUUGGAAAUUGAACCUUUCACACUGCUUGGUGUUUGCGCUGGUCUCGUACCUUAUCCUCACCAUAAUCAAAGUCCGAGAAAUACUUAUCAGUGUGCUAUGGGUAAACAAGCCAUGGGUAUGAUUGGUUACAAUCAAAAAAAUCGAAUCGAUACCUUGAUGUACAAUUUGGUAUAUCCUCAUGCUCCUAUGGUAAAAACAAGGACAAUCGAGAUGAUUAAUUUUGAUAAGCUUCCUGCUGGACAAAACGCGAUAGUUGCUGUAAUGUCAUACAGUGGCUAUGAUAUCGAAGAUGCUUUAAUUUUGAAUAAAGCUUCGUUAGACAGAGGAUACGGUAGAUGCUUGGUUUACAAAAACAACAAGUGCAUAUUGAAGAAGUAUGCUAAUCAAACUUGUGACAAAAUUUUGGGCCCACUUUUGGAUGCGAAUACAAAAAAGCCAAUACCAAAGCACGAAUGCAUUGAUCAUGACGGUAUCAUAGCUCCUGGCGAGCCGGUUGAGAGAGGAAAAGUAAUGGUUAACAAGUCCACACCUAUUGUCAGUAGCGGAUCCGUGGCUCAAGCAAAUCAGGCCCAAACGGAGUAUAAAGAAGCGGCCAUCAGUUACAAAAAUCCCAUUCCAGCGUAUAUAGAAAAAGUCAUGAUUUCCAGUAAUGCCGAAGAUGCGUAUUUAAUUAAAAUUUUAUUACGACAAACACGAAGGCCGGAAAUUGGUGAUAAGUUUAGUAGUCGUCACGGUCAGAAAGGUGUAACUGGACUGAUUGUUGAACAAGAAGACAUGCCUUUCAAUGAUUCUGGUAUUUGUCCUGACAUGAUCAUGAAUCCUCACGGCUUCCCAUCUCGUAUGACAGUCGGCAAAUUAAUAGAACUUCUCGCCGGUAAAGCUGGAGUUUUAAAGGGAAAAUUCCACUAUGGAACAGCUUUUGGCGGAUCAAAAGUACAAGAUGUUUGUGACGAACUGUACAGUGCCGGGUACAACUAUUUGGGAAAGGAUAUAUUUUACUCUGGCUUGACGGGAGAGCCAUUGCAAGCUUACAUUUAUUCUGGACCUGUGUAUUAUCAAAAGCUCAAGCACAUGGUGCAAGACAAAAUGCACGCUCGAGCGCGGGGACCACGAGCAGUCCUGACGAGGCAGCCGACCGAGGGCCGAGCCAAAGAUGGUGGAUUGAGAUUGGGUGAGAUGGAGAGGGAUUGCCUGGUCGGAUACGGCGCCAGCAUGAUGCUGCUCGAGAGGUUGAUGCUGUCCAGUGACAAAUUCGACGUUGAUGUGUGCAACCAGUGCGGCUUGAUGGCCUAUAGUGGCUACUGUCACAGCUGUCGGUCCAGCAAAAGCGUCGCCAGCGUCACGAUGCCCUACGCUUGCAAACUCCUGUUUCAAGAACUCCAGUCCAUGAACAUCGUGCCAAGAUUGACUCUGAAAAACACUUGCGACGAUCUUUAAACAUGGAAAGUUGAUUUUUUUUAUACAAAUUUUAUAAGUAGCUACGGAAAAUAUAGAAAAAGAGAAACGCUUCGAAUUCAAAUUUUUUUUAUAUUUGACUUUCCCUCCUAUCGAACCGAUGAUGCACCUCUCGAGCUAU